UGCGGCGGCAUUAAGUCACUGCAGUCCUCGACACGCGUUUCAUACGCGUUCAUCAUGUUUUGACGCAUGCAGACAGCGCUGUACUUUCAGCUCGUUUUAAAAUAUCGCAGGGCUUAUGGAUAAAAACAGGUAGCGCAUGGAUUUCUUGGAAGUACUGUAUUCAUGAUUGUGAAAGCUUCCUGGUUCUCGCGCGAUAAACAGCUGUUUGACACCAUCUGCGAAACGCGAGCUUCGCGAGGGGUUUUAAUUCGCUAACAGCUCCUUUUUAGGACGCACGCACAACGCGUCUUCCGUCUUUGACCGAGCCGAUGUGUCUUCGCGGGUGACCGUGCGCGGAGAUCAUCAUGUGGCAGCGCGGAUGCCGCUCGGGGUGGACGAGGGCGCGAUGCCAGGACAGCGGGGUCGACCCCGAGCGCGAGCGGCUCUGGGCCGAGCUCUUCGAGCAGCUGGAUCUGAACAAGGACGGACGGAUCGAUGUGAACGAACUGAGGAUAGGACUCGCCGCCCGCGGGAUGUCGUGGAGCUCGGUGGAGGAGCAGGUUGUAAGAGCAGGAGACAUCAAUCACGAUGGUCAGCUGGAUUUCGAAGAGUUCACAGAGUAUCUGCGUUCACAUGAGAAACGCCUCAAGCUCAUGUUUCGCAGCUUGGACCGCAACAACGAUGGUCAAGUAGACGCGGAGGAGAUCCAGCAGUCGUUACACAGUCUCGGCGUGGACAUCUCGUUGGAACUGGCUGCCAAAAUACUGCAAAGUAUGGACAAAGACCAUUCCAUGACUAUCGACUGGUUCGAGUGGCGAGAUCACUUCCUGUUUAACCCUUUGCACAACAUGGAGGAAAUCGCUCAGUACUGGAAACACUCUGUGAUGUUGGAUAUCGGAGAGCAUUUGACAGUUCCGGAUGAGUUCUCAGAAAAGGAGAAGCAGUCAGGGUUCGUGUGGCGGCAGCUGAUGGCAGGUGCUGUGGCGGGAUCGGUGUCCAGAACAGGAACUGCGCCGCUCGACAGACUCAAGGUCUUCCUGCAGGUGCACGGCCAGAGCUCUGAUAAGGGAAACGUGUGGCGUGGGCUCCGCGCGAUGGUGAAGGAAGGCGGUCUCGCUGCGCUGUGGAGGGGGAAUGGCAUCAACGUGCUGAAGAUUGCGCCCGAGACAGCCAUCAAAUUCCUGGCCUAUGAACAGAUUAAGCGCUUGAUGAGAGGCAGUAAAGAAGGAGUAACUCUGAAAGUUCAGGAGAGAUUCGUCGCUGGUUCGCUGGCAGGAGCUACAGCUCAAACUAUCAUAUACCCAAUGGAGGUGCUGAAGACUCGUCUUACUCUUCGUAAAACAGGGCAGUAUUCGGGCAUGGCGGACUGUGCCAAGCAGAUCCUGCAGAAGGAGGGCGUUCUGGCGUUUUAUAAAGGAUACCUGCCCAACAUGCUGGGCAUCAUCCCGUAUGCAGGCAUAGACCUUGCCGUCUACGAGACGCUGAAGAACGCCUGGCUGCAGCGGCACACGGAGGGCUCGCCCGACCCGGGCGUCAUGGUGCUGGUGGGCUGCGGCACGGUGUCCAGCACCUGCGGACAGCUGGCGUCCUACCCGCUCGCCCUCAUCCGAACACGCAUGCAGGCUCAGGCGUCAAUGAAGGGGGCUCCUCAGCUGUCCAUGUUGACCCUGUUCAGGAAUAUCGUGGCCCAGGAGGGUGUGGUGGGACUCUACCGAGGCAUCGCUCCGAACUUCCUCAAGGUCAUCCCGGCGGUCAGCAUCUCCUACGUCGUCUACGAGCACAUGAGGAAAGUACUGGGAGUGGGAACCUGAGAGAGAGAGUGUCAGGUCAUGGGAAAAAACAGACUCCAAUUAAACCUGACAGAAUGAUAAGACUAGUUUAUUUAAACCUACAAUAUAUAAGAUCACUGGAGCGAUGUUCACCAAAAAGCAGCGGAUGUGAGGAUGAACAAUGAACUGAUUGAAAACACUGAAAUAUGCAGAAUCUAAGUGCUGUCCUGAUCCAUUCCUGAAUUACUGAGGUUCAUGAUGUGUUCUUCAUGUGUGUUGUUGGUCAACAGGGCCCUGAUAUUCAGGUAUACAGGGUACACUCCUCGGGACGCGGUAAAAUGAACGCUUGUGUGUAUGUGACUGUGUGAGCAUGUGCUGUACUGCGAGUGUGUGUGUGUGUGUGUGUGUGUUUAACCCAGUGCACACACUACUGAACACCAAAUGGGAAUGGACAAUAAACUAACUUCCUUUUUUGAGCUCAUAGUAAGAUUGAAAGUGCCUCUGUUUCGAGAAACAUGUAUGUUUAAUCAGCUGUGCUCCAGUAGUUCGCCUCUUCUACUGUACUGAAACCCUUGUGUGCUCCAAAAUCAUCAUCCCAGUGAGGCUAGAGUUCUGGAAUUCUCAACUGAAGAUUCUGGAACUCAAGUUUAACUGAUUCUAAAAUCCUGCACUAGGUCCCAGUUUGCAAACUAUCCACAUCUAUAGUGUCAAAACACAAGGUCUCACUCAUGAAACACAUUUAAAUUAUCUUCUGAACAUUGAUUUGCACGGAAAUUCAUUGUGCUUGUGUUUCAUGAAUAAUGCCUUCAAAAUGGCAUACUUCUUUCAGUGGAUUUUCUUCUAAGCAUGAAUUCAUGCAUGGUUUUUUCGGCUAAUAUUGCCCCCCAACCCUGUAACUUUUGUGAUGGAUCUCUUUCGACUUUUUCAGAUGAAGAAAAGUAUCGCCGAUGCAAGGCCGAAACUGCAACAGCAGUUUUUGAAUGUAUAUGAUUUUAACAAAAGUAGAUGUUAAAGGGUUAGUUCACCCAAAAAUGAAAAUAAUGUCAUUUAUUACUCACCCUCAUGUCGUUCCACACCCGUAAGACCUUCGUUCAUCUUCAGAACACAAAUUAAGGUAUUUUUGAUGAAAUUCGAUGGCUCAGUGAGGCCUCUAUAGACAUCAAUGCCAUUGAAAUAUUGAAAUAUUGAAUACUUUUUGUGCACCAAAAAAACAAAAUAACAACUUUUUAACAAUAUAGUUAUGGGCCGAUUUUAAAACACUUUCAGAGUUUUACGAAUUGAAUCAGCGGUUCGGAGUGCCAAAGUCGCAUGAUUUCAGCAGUUUAGCCGUUUGAUAGGAGAUCCGAGUCACUGAUUCGAUUCGUAAAGCAGUGUUUUGAAAUUGGCCCAUCACUAUAUUAUUAAAAAGUCGUUAUUUUGUUUUUUUGGUGCACAAAAAUAUUCUCGUCGCUUUAUAAUAUUAAUAUUGAACCACUGAACUCACAUGAACUGUUUUAAAUAUAUUUUUAGUGCCUUUAGGGAUCUUGAGAUUUUCAAUGGCAUUGCUGUCAAUAGAGGCCUCACUGAGCCAUCGGAUUUAAUCAAAAAUAUCUUAAUUUGUGUUCCGAAGAUGAACGAAGGUCUUACGAGUGUAGAACGACAUGAGGGUGAGUAAUAAAUGACAUUAUUUUCAUUUUUGGGUGAACUAACCCUUUAAUGCUAACAAACAAACAGUAAUUCUGUGAUAUCAGAAUACAGUUAAUGGCAUACUGUCUUACUACAUACUCAGAAGUACAUACUUUCCCAUUACCAGUGAAGUACGUACUUUCAGUUUGUAGUGUAAGUAUAUGAAUUGGGAUGCAUCCUUGGAGUUGUGUUUAAAUAACUGUUACCCUCAAUGCAUGAGGUACUGUAGCCUACAAUUUGGAGCCUUAUGGACUCACAGAUGGGAGAGAGAGAGAGAGUGAGUGUGUGUGUUUGUUUCUUGAUUUCUGACUUUUCAAGAGAUAUAGAAAAAAGCGAAAAAGACUUUCCUUGGGUCACUUCUAGGUCAGUGUGCUCUGUACUUUAUCACCACUUUCAGCAGAUAUAUUCUGAUAGACUGUUUGGAUGUGCUAAGACGAAAUCUGCACCCUCAUGUUUCCACAGAAUUCAAACACCUUUCAUUCACAAAAUUCCACUUGCAUUUCAAGUCUCAAAUUGAAUUUAGUUUCUUUUAGUCGGUACAUUAGCAUAUCCAUAUCCAACAGUUAACUUCGCAGAUGUACACAUUUAAAUUUUCCAGUCUUUCUCUCCUUGGAAAACGGACCAACAGUAUUGAUGACAUCAUCCCGCACUCACAGGUGUGUCCAGUCUAGAAUGAGAAUGUCCGUCCCCCUAAUUCAGCUGUGACAUAAAUUAAACGCUACUGACUAGUUUAAAAUAAUAACAAUAAUUAGCUAAAAUAAUUCUGCUUCCAAUAAAAUCUUGUUUAAAAUAUUUCACCACAUUUACACCCAUUUCUCAAAAUUUCCCCAAAGUUAGUGUGGAAACUGAAAAAACGUUUGCAGAUUUCGUUUGGGCCUUCUCAUUUCCAGUGAUUUUGUGUAUUCAGAUACUGAUUACUGCUCUUAUUUCGAUGUAAACAAAACCCAUGUAUGGUGAUAAUGUAUUAUUUUUUUACUGUUCUGCCGUGUAUUUUUCUUUGAAAGUCUUUAACUGAAUGCAUGCAAGAGAAUGUAUGUAAAUUAAAUUAAAUUAAAUUAAACUAAACUAAACAGUC